CCUCAGUCAAGUGACACCCGGCGGCUGCCCGGGCGCUGACAGUGGAGCCAGGAGGCCGGAGGGUGGAUAUGCCGGGGGUCGUUCGCAUCCUCUCCCUGCUGCUGGUGCCGCUGCUGCUGGGCUCUGCGCGUGGCUUGCACGCGGAGCUGACCUGGAAACCCGUCCUUGGCCACUGUCCUAUCUAAGGAGCUCACCUUCCAGAGCCCGCCUGCACAGAACUGGCAGGGGACCCUCUUAGGAGCAGAGGUGAUGGCGAUCUUCAGGCAGCUGUCCCUGGGCGCAAAGGCCGCCCUGGCAGCCGGCACUGUCUUCGUGUCCAUGGUCAUCUCCCGCUCCUACCUGGCGGAGAGCCUCGAGCUCAGGGCCUGGCGGUGGCUGUUCCGCCUGCAGCUCGCCCUGUUUGCCAACUCGCUCAUGCUCCUCGGUUCCCUCUACAUCUGGCGAAGCACCGUCAGCAACCUCAGCCACUCCCCUGCUGCAGAGUCGGCCUGUUUCCAGCUUUGGAAGUUGGCCGUUGUGGCCUUCCUGGCCCUGGCCCAUUCCAGUUUCUUCACCAUGAUCUUUCUAGUGGCCGAGGAGCCCUAUCUCUUUUCCCUGACGGCCUACUCCUGCCUUGGGGCAUACAUCAUCAUGGUCUGCUUCCUCUGUACCCUCAGUGGCAUGGAGCAGGCCUACCAGCUCCUGGCCUUGCGCGCCGGCAGGGUGGUGGGCAGCCUUGACAAGACAAGGAAGCUGGCACUCAGGCCAGCGCUGGCGGUGCUGGUGUCCGCCGUGCUCAGUGUGGUAGGGCUGCUGAACGCUGCCCAGCCCCCGGCUGUGAAAACCGUGGAGGUGCCCAUCCAUUGGCUGCCCGCCUCCAUGGACAACCUCAAGAUCGCGCUGCUCUCCGACAUCCACUUGGGCCCCACGGUGGGCAGGACCAAGAUGGAGAUGUUCGUGAAGAUGGUGAACACGCUGGAACCGGAUGUCACAGUGAUUGUGGGUGACCUGUGUGAUGCCGAAGCCUCUGUCCUCCGGACAGCCGUCGCUCCUCUGGGCCAGCUUCGCUCACGCCUCGGCACCUACUUCGUCACGGGGAAUCACGAGUACUACACAUCAGAUGUCAGCAACUGGUUUGCGCUGCUGGAAUCCCUGAACGUCACGCCCCUUCACAAUCAGAACGUGAAGAUUUCUGCCACCCGGGCCCAGCCUGGCGGGGGUGAGGAUGAUGACUGGAUCUGCUUGGCCGGGGUGGACGACAUCGAAGCAGACAUCCUGCACUACUCUGGCCACGGCAUGGAUCUCAAGAAGGCUCUGGGGGGCUGCAGCCCGGACCACACCACCAUCUUGCUAGCUCAUCAGCCCCUGGCUGCCAAGAGAGCUCUCCAGGCUCGGCCAGAUAUCAACUUGAUCCUUUCUGGGCACACUCACGCUGGGCAGAUCUUUCCCUUGAAUGUGGCAGCCUAUCUCCUGAACCCCUUCUUUGCUGGUCUGUACCAAGUGGCCCAGACUACAUUUGUUUAUGUGAGCCCAGGCACGGCCUACUAUGGGAUACCCAUGCGACUGGGCAGCAGGGCGGAGAUUACAGAGCUCGUCCUGCAGCGGGUUCCCUGAACCCACCCCUGCCCCGUGCGCCUCCUCAUUGCCCUUGCCCUCCAUCCCCGACCCUCUGCAGACCAGGCUGCCUGCUUUAUCCCCUCCAGUCUCUCCUGCCAGCACACGCUUGUCACAAGACCGGCUUGCACCGUGAUCAGUGGUGGGGCUGCCUGUUAACUCUGUAGGUGGCCAUCUGCUUCUUUCUGUGCAUUUGUGAGGCCACUAAAGUCACAUGUGUAGGAACAGGCAUCUAUUUUCCAGAUGAUGUGGAGUAAGCCCUCCUCCUCUGCAGAACUCAUGGGGAUGAACUGAACCAGGGGGUUGCUUGAAGGGGAUGCCUGUGGAAAGUGGAGUAGGGAGGGGGCUCUUGGUAUUUUAAAAGCCUCUUUAGGACUUAAGCAGUUUUCAAAAUCAUUGAUCCAGAGCUUUCUGGGGAAGGGGCAGUGUGGCUAGGUAAUCUGGGAGAACUGGCGAGAUGGAGGCCCCUCUGGCUGCUGGAGAAGAAGCUUUUCUUUUCCCCCUUGGUUCUAUCAGAGUCCCCUUUACUGAGAGCAUCAGCCAAGUCGGCUGGAAUAUAGGCUCAUCCUGUUCCGGGCCUUGAGUGAUGCUGUCUAAUUGGCUGUGCUCCUGGGCCUUUGGGGUUGGGGGUGGGGCAGAAGGAUGGGAACACUGGUCUGUGAAUGAAGGUCAGAGUGCCGCUGCCUAGGAAUUCAGAGGGUGUUUGCCAAACUUGGCUCCUUUUAUACAACACCUGGAUGAGGUGAUUAGGGACAGGCGACUUUCCCCAACUGAGAGAUGAGGGAACCGAGGCAAAGGGAGGUAGAGCACUGGCGGCAGCACAAGGGUUAUGGGAGAUUCUGGCUGGAAGCCAGGUUUUCUGCCUCCCAAGACCAGUGUUCUUCCCACUGCCUGAUGGUAAGUAGCUGUACCCUUACAGGUGAGGAUAGGGUUCAAACACAAGUAACAUUGUAACGAGAACAAGCAAGGGCCUAUAACCUGAUGCCCUUUCGAAGUGGUCUGCUUGAGGCCGAUUUCAGUUCAUGGUAACUACGUGAGCAGGACCCGGAAGGGAGUCGGCCAGUUUCAGUGUAGGGUGGCUGUUACACUGGAGGGACAGUCAGGAAACUGGAGUGCACACCCCCCACCCCAGGUUUGGGUCAGAAACGGAGGUUCGCUCUCUACCGGUAGGGAGGUUGAGGCUUGCAUGGGGAGUGGCAGGGCACUGAGCUCCUGCGGGCCCCAAGGCCUUCCCUUCGUGGGACCCCUGGCUCUGGGAUGCUGGGCUGUCCUUCCUGCUGGUGGCUCACUGCCCCCUUCCCCCCCACCAGCCUGACCCCAUCAGAGCUGUCCUAGCGCUCUGGCCACAGAACCAGACGGCCAUCCCUAAGCUGGACCCUCAGAAAAAGAGGCAGGGGUUACCGUGUCUGGAGCAGCCCCAGCCUCGCUGGCCGGCCUCUGUGCCAGAGGUAGGAUACCCUUUGACCCUGGGGUAGCAAUAAGGCCUGAUAGACAAGGCCUCACUGAGAAUCUUUCUGCGACAGGGAACUCUGACUGGAGGGGCUCACCCUCCUGCUUUCUUGUCAGGCAGCAUCGGGCAAAUGACCUCACUGAGCCUCGGUUUCCCUCACCCUGAAAUGGGGAUAAUUAUCGUAUCUACCUCAAGAUUGUUUUGCAGGGAGGGUAUUAAGACAUGGCGCAGAAGUUGCUUGUAGCUCAGUCACAAGGAAGCAGUUGAUGUUGCUAAUUUUUAAACAUCCCAUGGGGCCUGCAAAGGGGCUGUGUUGGUCACAGGUGCACGGAGAAUUUAUGGAGCAGCCAGUCCUGGGAAACAGGAGUGGGUCCCAUGCCGCCUGCCACUGGGGCCCAGUGAUUUGUCACAGCAGCAACUGCUGGGGUUGCUUUCCUCUGUCUCUUGCCUGUGUUAUUGUCUCCCUGUGCGCACUCAGCCUGGCCAGGGCAAGUCUCUCCAUUUUCCCCCUUGUCCUCUUGGUUAGCGGAACCCUGGGGGCUCCUGGAGACCACCUUUCUUGUUUCCAGGCAACCAAAGUAUUGACAGCGGGUCUUCCAGUCGAGUUUAAAAUGUAUCUGAGUUGAGAUUUCAGUGGUUUCCUUAUUACUUACCCCCUCGUGUUUAAUCAUCCUUACAGCCAGGAAUAAGUUUGGAGAAAAACUUAUCCAGAACCAAGGAAAGGACCCUGGAGAGGCUUUCUUUUAACACAGUUUGCGGGUGGUGGGGUUAUAGGAGGGGGAAGUGCUUUGCCAAGGGCAGCGCCCAGCUCAGCUCAAGUUUCCUGACUGCAUUCUUGGUGGCAUCACUCAACCUCGCCACCUCAGGAAGGUCACUCUUCCAGACCCUCUCACAUUCUCGUGCCCUGACCCCAGUUGGGAUCACCCCCAGUCUACACUAGUUCUGCCAUUUGUCUUCCACCUUGUGUGUCUCCUGCUCUACCAAGUAUUAUUUCACUGGUUUCUUGAUUUGGGUUCUUUCUCAUCAGUGCCCUGAGCUGGAUGGAAUUCACUUCCAUCAGUCCUGCUUUUCAUCUUGCACCUUCUUGUCUCUUCUCUUUCCCCGAGCAUUUUUCAGUCUUUCAGCAUUUUUCAGUCUUGAGCACCUGUCUGUCAUCCCUGCUCUGAAGUCCUUGCUUGACUGAUUCCUCUCUUAACAGAAACAAGACAGGUCCAUCUUCUGUGCCCAAGGAAUAGUCAGCAGCACCUUCUCACACUUGGUUUGUGUCCCAUGACGUGGUGGAAGUUUUCCCAGCACAAAUUUCUCCAAUUGUGUCCAGAUAUGGUCCUGGUGGGCUGCUCUCCACGGCCCCCUUGGUACCUCUGUUCCCUGUUCUUCACUCAUUUACCUUCUUUGAUUUGUUUAUUUAUUGCCGGGGGAGGUGGUGAGAAACAUUUACUUGAAGCUUGAAAAUGCUUUCAGUUUCAUUCUAGUUUCUUUUUAAAAAUCUGUUAAAUGCAAGUUAAAAUGAAACAUAAAGCUUUCUAAAAAUUAACUAUAGGGCUUCCCUGGUGGUGCAGUGGUUGAGAGUCCGCCUGCCGAUGUGGGGGACACGGGUUCGCGCCCCGGUUCAGGAAGAUCCCACAUGCCGCGGAGCGGCUGGGGCCGUGAGCCACGGCCGCUGAGCCUGCGCGUCUGGAGCCUGUGCUCCGCAAUGGGAGAGGCCACAACAGUGAGAGGCCCGCGUAGCACAAAAAAAAAAAAAUUAACUAUAGCCUGUGUACUGGGAUACUAUAUAUACAUUUUUUUAAAAAUUUUUAUGUAUUUAUUUUUGGCUGUGUUGGGUCUUCGUUUCUGUGUGAGGGCUUUCUCUAGUUGCGGCAAGCGGGGGCCACUCUUCAUCGCGGUGCACAGGCCUCUCACUAUCGCGGCCUCUCUUGUUGCGGAGCGCAGGCUCAGUAGUUGUGGCUCACGGGCCUAGUUGCUCCGCGGCAUGUGGGAUCUUCCCAGACCAGGGCUCAAACCCGUGUCCCCUGCAUUGGCAGGCAGAUUCUCAACCACUGCACCACCAGGGAAGCCCUGGGAUACUAUUGUUGUAAAACCUCAAUACAUUAAUCCUACUGCCAUUCAUUCCAAACAUCCAUCCAUCCGACCAUCCUUUUUUCCCCUUGUUUGUUCUUUUUAAAAGCUUUUUAUUGUGAAAACUCGGAAGUAUUCACAAACUAGGGAAAGCAGCAACAGAAUCCCCAUCACCCAGCUUCAACAUUUGUGACUAUUCUACUGUUCCUUCUCAUCUACCCCAGCCCUUCACUCUUUCUUUUUUGUCAGGAGUAUAUUAAGGCAAAUCUUAGAAAAUAUAAUUUCACCCCCAAAUGCUUCAGUAUGAAUCCUUUUUAAAAAAGCAUAUCCAUAAUGCUGUUAUAGCUGAUGAAAUUCACAGUAAUUCUUUAAUAUCAUCUUAUACCUAGUUAGGAGACUUGGGGCUAGAAGUUAGGUUUUCUACCUCUUAAUAAAAGUAUUUUUUCCACUGUCUGAGGAUUAGGUGGCUGUAUCUAUUACAAGUAACUUUAGGAUUCAAAUGCAGUUAACUGUGUAAAGAGUUAGUUUUCAGUUUUUCCGAUUAUCUCAAUUGUCUUUUGUGUGUGUGUGAUAGAAAAACACAUAGUGUGGAAUUUAUCAUCUUAGUGAUUUUUAAGUGUACAGUUCAAUGGCGUUAAGUGUAUUCACAUUGAUGUACAACAGAUCUCCAGAGCUUUUUCAUCUUGCAAAUGUAAAACUCUAUACCCAUUAAACAACAACUCCCCUACCCACCCCCAGCCUCUGGUAACCACUACUUUACAUUCUGUUUCUAUGAAUCUGACUACUCUGGGUACUUCAUAUAAGUGGAAUUAUAUAUUAUUUGUCUUUUGUGGCUGGAUUAUUUCACUUAGCAUAAUGUCCUCAGUGUUCAUCCCCACUGUAGCAUGUGACAAGACUUCCUUUUUAAGGACGAAUAAUAUUCCAUUGCAUGUAUAUACCACAGUUUGUUCAUUCAUCAGUGGACAUUUGGGUUGCUUUCACGUCUUGCCUGUUGUGAAUAGUGCUGCUGUGAACAUGGGUGUGCAAAUAUCUCUUUGAGACCCUGCUUUCUAUUCUUUUGGAUAUAUACCCAGAAGUGGAAUUGCUGGAUCAUAUAGUAGUUCUAUUUUUCAUUUUUUGAGGAAACUCUAUACUGUUUUCCAUAGCAGUUGGACCACUUUAUAAUCCCAUCAGCAGUACACAAGUGUUCCAGUUUCUCUAUAUCCUCACCAAAUCUUAUCUUCCAUUUUUUUGUUUAAUAAAUUUAUUUAUUUAUUUAUUUAUUUAUUUAUGGCUACACUGGGUCGCUGGUCUGCGCGGGCUUUCUCUUGUUGUGGCGAGCGGUGGCUACUCUUCGUUGCAGUGCAUGGGCUUCUCAUUGCAGUGGCUUCUCUUGUUGCGAGCAUGGGCUCUAGGCACGCAGCUCAGUAGUUGUGGCUCGCGGGCUGUAGAGCACAGGCUCAGUAGUUCUGGUGCACAGGCUUAGUUGCUCCGUGGCAUGUGGGAUCUUCCUGGACUGGGGAUCGAACCCGUGUCCCUUGUAUUGACAGGCAGAUUCUUUUUCUUUUUUUUAAAUUUAUUUUUGGCUGCAUUGGGUCUUUGUUGCUGUGCGCAGGCUUUCUCUAGUUGCGGCGAGUGGGGCUUCUCUUGUUGCGGAGCAUGGGCUCUAGGCGCUCAGGCUUCAGUAGUUGUGGCACGCGGGCUCAGUAGUUGUGGUUCCCAGGCUCUAUAGCACAGGCUCAGUAGUUGUGGCACAUGGGCUUAGUUGCUCCGCGGCAUGUGGGAUCUUCCCAGACUGGGGCUUGAACCCAUGUCCUCUGCGUUGGCAGGCAGAUUCUUAACCACUGCGCCACCAGGGAAGUCCCUGUUUGUUUGUUUUUGAUAGUGGUGUGAGGUGAUAACUUAUUGUGGUGUUGAUUUGCAUUUCUCUGAUGAUUGGUAAUGUUGAGCAUCUUUUCAUAGGCUUGUUGGCUAUUUAUAUACCAUCUUUGGAAGAAUGUCUAUUCAGGUCUUUUGCCCAUUUUAAAAUCAUAUUUGAUUUUUUUGUUCUUGAGUUGUAGGUCUUUAUUAUUCUGGAUAUUAACCGCUUAUCAGAUAUAUGAUUUGCAAUUAUUAUCUCCCAUUCCAUAGAUUGACUUUUCACUGUAUUGUAUUGUAUUGAUUGUAUCCCUUGAUGCGAAAAAGUUAAGUUUGAUGUUCCAUUUGUCUAUUUUUGCUUUUGUUGCCAGUGCUUUUGGUGUCAUAACCAAGCAGUCACUGCCAACCAAGCCCAAUAUCAUAAAGCUUUCCCCCUAUGUUUUCUUCGAGGAGUUUUAAAUUUUGGGUUUUAUGUUUCGGUCUUUGAUCCAUUUUGAGUUAUUUUUGUAUAUGGUGUAAAUUAAGGAUCCAACUUCAUUCUUCUGCAUGUGGAUAUCCAGUUUUCCCAACACUUUUUGUUUAAGAGACUGUCCUUUCCCCAUUGAGUGGUCUUGGCACCCUUACUGAUGACCAUGUGAACAUUUGUGUGACAGUUUAUUUUGAGGCCCCUCUAUUCUAUUCUAUUGGUGUAUUUGUCUGUCUUUAUAUCAGGAACUCAUUGUUUUUUAUUACAGUA